AAUUUUGAGCUUUGCAUGAAGUUUGUACAGCGAGCGCUCAGCUUGCAACUUGCGAGUUUGUCACUCAUGACAGUGACACUUCUUGACAGCAGUUCCUCAAGCCUCAAUUGCCAGCAGAUCUUCUGGACUCUGGAGGGGCUAUUUCCUCGUCCUUGACUUUGUAUGAGAGGUAGAAGUUUAGGAUUUCUGCUUGAAAAAUCAACGCCUUGGUCGAUCUGGUCAGCAUUGCGCGCUCGUUGCAAAAGUCGCAGCCAUGGUCCGUGAGAAGACUGUCAAGAAGUCGCCCUCCGGCGCUGAUGCGGUUGAUGAUUUCACCUCCGCACAGGUCAGCGUGAGGAAAGAUAGGGACACAAGGAAGAGUUCUUCUGCAAAGUCGAGCAGCAGUGCUCCUGCAGAAGAGAAGACAAAGGCCAAGCCAAAGCCAAAGCCACAGCUGAAAGGAAAAGGAGGCCCGAAGCCGGGAGAUAGCUAUCUUGGGGGGAUUGAUCUUCCGCCGUCUGAUGAUGAGGAGGAACUAGAGGGAGAGGAAGAAGGAGCCGGAGCAGCUGGCGGUGCUAAGGCCAGCUCAUCCGGGUCCAGACCUGUCUCUGUGAGCGCAAAGUCCGACGCUGCAGAGCUAGACACAUCGGUGACAGACCGCGAAGCCAAGAAGCGGGAACGGAAAGAGAUGCAGCAAGCGGCCGCGGCGCUCAAAAUAAAAGAAGAGGCCCUGCGGGACGACAUGAAUGCUUUCUCGGUGGCCGUGGCUUCGCGGUCCAGCCAACUAGAGGGGGAGCAAGAAGCGGUCGACGCGAACAGUAGGGAUGUCAAGGUGGAGAACUUUUCGGUGUCGGCGAAGGGGAAGGAGCUGCUAGUGAACACGAACUUGAACAUCGUUGCGGGCAGGAGGUACGGCCUCGUGGGGCCGAACGGGAAGGGCAAAACGACGCUGCUCAAACUGGUGUCCACGCGACAAAUACCAAUCCCGAAGAAUAUUGACGUCCUGCUAGUGGAACAGGAGGUCGUGGGCGAGGACAAGAGUGCGUUGGAGGCGGUGGUGGCGGCAGACCAGGAGCUUGUGUCGCUCAGAGAGGAGGAGCAGCGGUUACAGGCCCUGACGUUAGAUGACGACAGCAAAGAUGUUGACGAGGAAGAAGAGGCAGCGGCGGCGGAUCGCUUGACGGUGAUUUACGAGCGCAUGAAGGAGAUUGGUGCCGAGUCAGCGGACGCGAGGGCGUCCAAGAUUCUGGCAGGACUGGGCUUUGACUCCGCUAUGCAGGGCCGAGCCACCAAGUCCUUCAGCGGCGGGUGGCGCAUGCGCAUCUCCCUCGCGCGCGCGCUCUUCAUCCAGCCCACGCUGCUUCUCCUGGACGAGCCUACUAAUCACUUGGACCUGCGCGCCGUGCUGUGGCUCGAGGAGUACCUCAUGCGCUGGAAGAAGACGCUCGUGGUCGUGUCUCACGACCGCGACUUCCUCAACUCCGUCUGCACCGAUAUUAUACACCUGUUUGAUCUCAAGCUGCACUACUACAGGGGCAACUUCGACGCGUUCGACGACAUGUACGAGAAGAAACGGACGGAGAACAACAAGCUUUACGAGAAGUACGACAAGCAGCUUAAGGCCGCCAAAGCGAGCGGCAGCAAGGCCAGCCAGGAUAAGGUCAAGGACCGCGCCAAAAUGGCGCAGGAAAAGCGGGAGAAAAAGAGUAAAGGCAAGGCCGCCGCCGCGGCGGGGGGGGACGAGGACGCGCCUGUGGAAGCCCCCCGGAAGUGGAAAGACUACGAGGUGGUGUUCCAUUUCCCGGAGCCGACGCUGCUGACGCCGCCCCUGCUGCAAAUAAUUGACGUCAGCUUUGAGUACCCGAACCGGUCGGACUUCCGGCUGAGUGACGUCAACGUGGGGGUGGACAUGGGAACUAGGGUGGCGAUCAUUGGGCCCAACGGGGCGGGGAAGUCGACGCUGCUGAACCUGCUGGCCGGGGAUCUGGACCCGACGGAGGGAGAAACGAGGCGGAGUCAGAAGCUGCGCAUCGGGCGGUAUUCGCAGCACUUUGUGGACUUGCUGACAAUGGACGAGAACCCCGUGCAGUACCUGUUGCGGCUGUACCCUGACCAGGAGGGCCCCAGUAAGAGCGAGGCGAUGCGCGCCAAGCUGGGCAAGUUCGGGCUGCCCAGCCACAACCACCUCACGCCAAUCAUCAAAUUGUCGGGCGGCCAGAAGGCGCGCGUCGUGUUCACCUCAAUAUCGCUCAAGCAGCCGCACAUACUGUUGUUCGACGAGCCAACGAACCAUCUGGACAUGCAGAGCAUCGACGCUUUGGCAGACGCUCUAGAAGAGUUCAGUGGGGGAGUGGUGCUCGUGAGCCACGACGCGCGGCUCAUUUCGCGUGUGUGCGGGGACGAGGAGACGAGCGAGGUGUGGGUAGUGGAGCACGGGAAGGUGGCGCGGUAUGACGGAUCGUUCGAGGAAUAUAGAAAAGAGCUGAUCAAGGAGAUCAACAAAGAGUUGGACGAGUAGAUAAGGGGAGCAACGGGGGAAGGGGAAGGAGUUAUCGUCAAGGAACUGGGGGCGGGGUGUGGGAAGGGGUCCGAGGUCUGCGAGGAGUGACAUGGGGGGGGUGGGACGACUAAAUCAAUGCUCGCGCACUGCCUUUUUGGAGGGCGUUUUGUAGUUCAAGCGGGCCACUUCAAAAGCUUGCUGCGGAUAAUUGUCUCCAUGUCUGCAACGAAGGAUUCUGUGUGUGUCAGAUUGCUAAGCAAAAGUGCGCUG